AUGAGCAAUAUCGUACAAUCGGUAGAGGGGUCGGGCGGUGACGUCGUCGCCGCCGCCGCAACCGCUACCGAGAAGGCCGGGGGAUGGCAGCGCGGCCCACGACCCGAAAUGGCGUACCAGUGCGGAAAUCUCGACGACUUGCUGGCCGCUAUGCAGUACGAGGUCCAGACGCAUUCGCAGAGUCUCAUUCCCGAGGAGGCCUCUUGCCGGCUGCUGUUCACUUUGAAUGCCGGCCUCGAGUUUCCGAAGGUGCGGAACGCAUCCUCGGCAUCGUCGUCGUCGUCCCUAGCAGCUGCGACCCCGCCACUGUCGUUGAACAAAGCGACAAAUGCUCCGAUUGAUCCGGAUCCAUGCCCGGGCUACAGCAUCGCAGCCGCUCUGUCGAAUUUCUGUGAUUCGAAGGAGAAGCUGAAGUACCAACGUGUCAUCGCCAAGGCAAUCAUCACGACAGUUGGCGCAGCCGACGGCUUCCGGUACGCCGAAAGGCGCGCCACGGACACGGCCAAAUCGGAUGGGUACAGGUUUUGGUAUGUGUGCCGGGACUCACUCCAAAACAAAGAUAGAGUGGCGAACAAACGGGCGAGUGGGCAAGAACCUGGUCCAGAUGCGAAAGAUACCUUCGAUUGCAAGGGUGGAGCCCGAGUCACCUUUUCGAUCAAGAAUCUCUGCAUCGAUGUCUGGUAUCACCAUUUGCCCAUUCAUGACUCAGCCUUCGAGCUCGAUAAAGCGAACGGAGCUCAGAAGGAACAAGUACAGCAGCAAGAGACUGCAAGUGUUUCGCAACCCCCAGUGCAGUAUCAGCCCAUGCCUAGCUAUGCAUUCUGGGAGACACCCUCGGGAACCGUGUCAUCCUCUACACCUCAAACCGACGCAAUCAAAGCGGGCUCAUCAAAGAGGAAACGAGCACGCCCGAAGAAACCCUCGGGAAACCUGAAUACAGAAUCUAGCGGUCCUUCUUCCUCUCAGGAUACACGCGGUCUUGACACGUUAGUUAACGCCAUCACCGUAGAUCUGAAUGGGGGCAUCAACGGCACCAUCCCGAAUGUCGCCGCUUCGUCUUCCAAGCCGAGGACGAAAAAGGCCAAAACACAAGCCGCACCGCAACCAGCAUCGGCAGUUGCCACGUCCAGCUUGCACACUGCACAUGCGCCGCUGCCUCCGGCUACAGAGUGCAUCGACGGCACGAACCCAGGCCCCACCGCAUCGUCGUCCAGACCGAAGGGAAAGAAGAACAAAAAGAAAACCACGGAACAACCAACACUGCCGGUCCCAGCAACAAGCCCACCACCGGCCUCGGUUUCAGCCUCAGCCUCAGUCCCAGAUAAAAAGAAGCGAGAUCGAGGUGGAACGAAUCGCUGCUCUACCUGCUCUUCCCGAAAGAUAAAGUGUGAUGGGAAGCGCCCAAUCUGCUCCGGGUGCGCUAAAAGCAACAAGGAUUGCAGGUGGCUAGUGUCGCAGCAAAUCCAAAGUUCGAAGACUAGCAGGAACGCGAAAGUCAGGGAGGGUGUGAUGAAGAAGAUGUCAAAGUGGAACGGAAGCAACCUGGGGUAA